AUGUCAACAGUUACAGAGCUCAGCAAUCCCAACUUUGACUAUGUCAUCGUUGGAGGAGGCACGGCUGGCUGCGUCAUAGCCAGUAGGCUGGCCGAGUCUCUCCCCGAUCACAAGAUCCUCAUGAUCGAGGCUGGACCCAGUGAUUUGGAUGAGAAGCAAAUCCUUGACUUGCGAAACAUGUACAACCUGAUGGGAAGCGAGUUCGACUAUAGCUACAAGUCGGUUGAGCAGCCAAAUGGAAACAGCAACAUCCUCCACUCGCGCGCCAAGGUUCUCGGUGGCUGCUCGAGUCACAACGGCAGUCUCGCUGUGCACCCUUUUGAGUACGACUGCAAGAAGUGGGAAGAGGCUGGCGCCAUUGGAUGGGACUGGGAAACGAUGAAGCGACUCAUCAAGAAAUUGCGGACGCCCAUUGUGCCCAUCCAUGAGCGACACCGAAACCCCAUCGUUUACGACUUCAUGGAGGCGACCAACAAGGCUCUGGACAUCCCGAUUGUUGACAGCGUCAACCACGAGAUCACCUCGGCAAAUGGCCUCUCAAAGGGCGGCGUGUCAUUCUGCUCUCUGACAUACGACCAAAACACUGGCUAUCGAGUCAGCGCAAGCGUUGCCUACAUCCACCCUAUCCUGAAGGGCAAGGAGAGGCGCCCCAAUCUCACCAUCCUCACCAAUGGUUGGGUAGACCGCAUCAAUGUCGUCGAUGGAACAGCUACAGGAGUCAACUUGACCCUUGAAUCUGGAAGAAAGGUCAAGAUCAAUGCCAGGAAGGAGACUAUCCUGUGCGCCGGUACCAUCGACACGCCGAGACUGAUGCUCCUCUCUGGCAUUGGCCCCCGCAACGAGCUCGAGAAGCUCAACAUUCCAGUGGUCAAUGAUCUUCCCGGCGUUGGAGAGAACCUCAUGGAUCAUCCCGAAGCCAUCAUCACCUGGGAACUCCACGAGCCCCUCGAGGACAAGACCGUCAUGUGGGCUGAUGCUGCUCUCCUUGCGCGCCGUGAGCCUGCCAACAUCCACGGCGAUGAUAGCACUGUUCCUGAUGCCAUGAUGCACAUCUACACCAUGCCGUUUGACGUUCAUCAGGCUGCUCUGGGCUAUGACAUGCCCAAGAACGUCUUCUCCCUGACACCCAACGUCCCCAGAUCCCGUUCGCGAGGAAAGGUGUGGCUCAAGUCUGCCGAUCCCAAGGAGCAUCCUGCCAUUGACUUUCGAUACUACACCGACCCCGACGGAUAUGAUGAAAAGACCAUCGUCUGGUCCUUCAGAGCUGCUCGCGCCAUCGUCAACCAGCAGCCACUCAAGAAGUGGAUCAAGCGAGAGGUUGCACCAGGCCCCGGCUGUCAGACUGACCAGGAACUGUCCGAGUACGGACGCAAGACUGGAAACACAGUGUACCAUCCUUGCGGCACAGCCAAGAUGGGAGACACUGUCUAUGACCCCAUGGCCGUCGUGGAUCCUCAGCUAAAGGUCAAGGGCAUCAAGAAGCUACGCGUUGCCGACGCCAGCGUGUUUCCCUUGAUUCCUACCAUCAACCUCAUGUUGACUGUGUUGGCGGUUGGAGAGCGCGCUGCCGAGUUUAUCGUUGCUGAAGCUAAUAGAAGCGUUGCAAACUUGUAA